GAGUUUGAUAUUUCACAAGUCACAACACCUUAUGAGUGUAAAGAAGUCAGUUUAGAAACAGUCGGACUACCAAUAUGGCAGCACUACCAACAACCUUUGAUCCCAAGGAUAACACCUGGGCUGGUGCAAAAAUUAGCUCCUUGUACAACUAUGACACAUCAGUGGGCAGGAUUAUAUUCAGUACCAUGAAAAAUUGGCCGAAAAAUGUUAUACAGAUCAACGAUGUUGACGGAGUUACGCUGACAAAUGCUCAGGCACUUACUUGGGCUGUUCGCAUUGCACAACACCUGAAGAAGAGAGGAUUAAAUAAUACAGAUGUGAUUGGCAUUUUGGCUAAAAACACUACUUAUCUGCUGCCAUUGGGUGUUGCUUGUCUAUUGAACACCACACCGUUCCAUGCUGUCAAUCCAAUGCUUGACGAGGAUACCAUCAAAUAUAUUUAUAAUAUUACCAAGCCAAAGCUCAUAUUUUGCGAUGGACUCGAGUAUGAGAAGAUUAAAUCUGCUACAAGAGCUUGGCAACCAGAAAUAUUCACCAUGAUCGAUCAUAUUGAUAAUGUACCUAGGAUAGAGUCCUUGCUGGAUCCUACACCUACAGAAAUGUUCUAUAUACCAGAACCUCUGAAACUUGGUGGUGAUCAAACUGUUGCAAUUUUGUGCUCAUCUGGCACAACAGGAUUACCGAAAGCUGUCUGCAUGUCGAAUCAUAUCCUUAUACAGGAUAAUAUGCUAGUCAGCAGUGAAUCGAUCGUAUUUACUUCAAGUUCCUUGGAUUGGAUUACCGGUCUAUGGGGCUUUUCCUUCAGCACUCUUUUCGGCUGCACUCGGAUCAUAACGAACAAACCCUUCUCUCCGGAAUACUUUGUGGAGUUGGUGAAGAAAUACAAAAUCAACUACGUCGUUGUACCUCCGAGGCAUCUCUCCGCCUUGAUCACUUGUCCUGCUGCCACCACAGAGGCGCUUUCCUCUAUUCGUAUGCUCAGCUAUGGUGGAGGUUUAGUUUCCCUCACAACACUUCAGCGUGCUCAGGAGAUAUGCAAGACUGCCAUGCUUAAUUCAGGUUACGCCAUGACGGAGGUGGGCGGCAUUACGGGAAAUAUUGGAAUUAGCAAUAAUAAUGCGGCUGGCAGACUAUUGCCGGGAGUUAAGAUUCAAAUAGUCGAUGAGGAAGGCAAGAGAUUGGGCUACAAUCAGGUCGGCGAAAUAUAUGUCCAUACUGGACGUGGAUGGAAUGGAUACUAUGGCAAUCCUGUUGAGUCCCAGAAGAUGCAUGACUAUAAGGGCUGGUUCCACACAGGCGAUUUGGGAUAUUUUGAUAAUCAGAACUAUCUAUACAUUGUGGAUCGCAAGAAGGAGAUUAUGAAGUAUCAAGGUAUGCACUAUUGGCCCACGGAAAUAGAGCAUGUCAUUGUAGAGCUGCCCGAGGUGCAGGACGUCUGCGUGGUGGGUAUCUACGAUGAGAGUCAAGGAGAUGCGGCUGGUGCUUUGGUAGUGAAGCGCAGCGGAUGUAAUAUAAGUGAAAAGACGAUCAUUGAUCAUGUCGCCAAAAGAUUGAAAGGUGUGCAGAUGCAGCUUCAUGCCGGAGUUCGCUUCACGGAUAAAUUGCCAGCCAACGUGAAUGGAAAGACUUUGCGAAGAAUAGCGCGGGAGCAGUUUACCUCCCAAAAUGGGGUAAAAAAAAUAAUUCUUAGUUUCUAGUAGAAUAAUUCUGUCCAUAUAAGCUUGUAAACUCAAAAACGAUAACAAAAAAGAAAAAAACCCUAUAAAGGCAAAUACUGCGUUUCAUUUC